AUGGUCUCCUCUAAAAAUACUGCUAAUCUUCUAUCUAUUCGAUAUAAAGCUAGGGCAUUUGAUUCAUGCAUUUCCUUAUAUUGCAUGAGCUUGCCAUCGAAAAGAAGAUGUGCGUCUGUACGACCGAGCACUUAUAGUUCUCAGAAAAGUGACUUCAGUACAUCGCCCCUCGGCAGCAGUUGCAUAAAGACGCCCGUUAGAUGUUCAACGGCAUCCCCUCCCAUACCUUCUGCAAGAAAUGCUAUUGAAGACACUAAGUCUUUAAAGAUACAGAGUCCACCCGCUUCACCAACAAAAGGCGCCUUAGUACGCAAUUUGCCAACGCCAGUCGGCGGGAACUUUGGAUCUGCAAACAUCACUCAGCUUCCCAAAUAUGCGGUGUCCACGGAACAACGUAUAGCCGAGCUACAGGAAGAACUGCAGCUAGUCGAAUCCGGCAGGCAUCCCAAAUAUCUUGAAAAGCUGCGCGAGUUCCGACAAAAACAAGCGGAUGAGAUCGAAAUGAUUGAUAUCAUGUAUGAGAGAGAAAAAGAAGAGAUCGAAAGAAAGUUCCGCUUGGAACAUGCUGCAAUUCAGAGAGAAUUGAAGGAAAGGGAAGACGACCUAGUUCAGGCUCUCCUGCUGGAAGUUGAUGACCGCAUCAGGUUCAUAGAGGCCGAAGUAGCAGUAUUAGAUGUUGCCGGACCUGCUUGUCCAACCUUUAGCAUGAACAAAAAGUGUUUACGACGACGACCACACGACACGCCUACAUCCACUGAGAAAAAGAAAGCUCGUACUACUGCUCCUGUCAUCAUUCAUCUGCUUCCCGAGCACAUAAUUGCAGAAGAUGUUCGAUUGCUGGUUCCUGCUGAGAGUAUACCCAGUGUAGUUCAGCAUCAUAAAGUCAGUUUGGAUAAUGGCAAACUAAUCUACGAAGGCAAAACAUAUCAACGAGGACAAGCGCUGGUUGUCCAGACAGAGAACUAUGGCGCUUUUGCGGGUAUGAUACUGUCCAUCUGUGAACAGUAUAUCCAGUUUAGAUCGACUGUACCCGGAGAUACCCGACAAGUGUUGGCUACCAUGGACGACUUAGAGAGUGGACGAGUCAUUUUGAGAAAGAAAAUUGUAUGAGUAUCACGAUGUCAUAUCUUAAAGUAUUCUUGAAAAUCGGAUAUUCGGUUUGCUGCAACUUUCUGUGCGCAUGGAAUUUAAUAGCUGAAUUAGCUAAAGAAAUUUUUUCUCCAAGAUAGCUUUCAAAGCUGCACAAGAAUGUCAAACGUACUGGCAGUGGAAUUUGUGUUUUCAUCUAGAUCAUUCUUGACUCUACUGCCAGCGCGGCCCAAAUCCUACGGAUUUGUCGAAUUUUGCAGAUUUGAAAUUCAGACAAGAUGCAGCAAAUCUGAUUUCGAGUUUGAAGAUUCUCGGGUAUUAUUUUGUUCCUUAAUUAUAGCUAAACCAGCAAUUUCCGUUUCUUUUUUUUAAAUCCGGUGGAUUGCUUUAUCCCGCGAAAGGUCUCAUAGAAAGCUUGUAGAUGUUCCAUAAUAAUUGUGUUCUUAUAGUGUACUGUAUAUAUCAUAUCUUGAAAUGUGCAAAUAGCGCGUAGUUUUUAUCGGCUUUAUGUGAUAUCAUCAGUUAUGGGAGCUAAAUCCAUGACUGAAGUUGCAAAUAAAUGUUCCGCUUUUUAUGGCAACUUUGCUGAUAAUUGUACUAUCUUGUUUCCAAGUGGAAGAACUACUCUCUCGCAUUUCGUGAAUGACGAUUUCUUGCUAGUCAAAUAUCUGCCUUUUAUUAGUAGUUGAGAUGCUUCACUCCACUGGUUUAGAAGUCUCGAGAAGCGAAUAAAGUGUUC